AUGGAAAAUUAUGGUGACACAUCCACACAGUCUUCAACUGCGGAUAACAAUGAUACUAUAGAUGUUGAGGCAGAUGAAACAAUAGAAGUACUUCAAACAUCCAAUAACUCCGACUUCUUGGCUUAG